AGAGAGCGUGUGUCUGUGUGUGUGUGUUUUUAUGAAUGAAGUGAGUCACUGCCGAUGUGUCAUAGGCCCGACGUCUUUAUAAAGGAAGUUUUAAACAAGCCUAAACACUUCACUGCGCGCAAAAAUUGGACUUACCACACUCGCAUCCCUCUCUCUGCACUCCUGUUUGCCUCCUCUCUCUCCCUCGCUCUCCCUCUCCCUCUCUCGUACAAACCAAGUGUCUCUCUGCCUUCAGCACUCUCCAUAAAAAGAACUACCAGGGCUCAUCUUCAAAACUUUUUCAACCCGAGACAGAAAAACUUAUUGACUUUUUUUUUUUGCUUCUUCUUAUUUUUUUUUUGUUGUUGUUGGUAAAACUCUCCUCUCCUGACUUUUUUCUUCAGUCACCAUCACUCUGCUCUCUCAUUCAUUCUCUUGACAACUUUCCUCUCUCACUCGCGAAGAAGAAAACCGGGAGCACGUGACAAUUUCCGGAGUUCAAUUUAUUUAUUAAUUUUCUAUUUAUUUAUUUAUCUAUCUAUCCACGUUUGUGUUUUUCCUCUUUUUUUGCUGGUUUACUCUCGGAUCCGAAUCAAUAUGAAAUUGUUGCUCGACUCCUCCUCGUCGCUCCUCUUCUCGCUGCUAUUGGCUCAGCUGCCCGUCUUCACGUCCGCGACUCCAGUGCCGCAGCGGCGGCCCAGUGACAUGGAUAAACUGUCCAAUCAGACCAAAAAUCUAAUGAAGCUCACCCAAGAACUGCUGAGGGAGCAUGCAUUUGACUCAGAUGUGGAGCCCCACAGGUUCAGGUCUCUGCCAGAAAUGAGCAACAGAUCGGCUAAUGAUCUCAGCAAUCUUGAGCUGAAGCCCACACUCUCACAGCUGCACGCUGACCUGAAGCUGUAUGAGCACCACUUCGAGUGGCUCAACAAGGUUUCAAAGAAGCACCACCACCCUGCACUGCCCAAGCUGGUGGAGAUGAUCAGAGAAAUGAAAUCUCUAAUCACCCUGCUGCACCGUCAGAUGCUGAGAGUUGAGGCACCAAGACUGACCCCGGCCACCCCCUCCCUCCCCCCUCAACUCCCCUAUCAGUUUGAUGUCCUGCAAUCCAGUCAAGAGCUUCUUCAACACUUCAAGCUCUUCUGUGACUGGGCGUACAGAGCGUUCCUCAGCCUCAAGCCCAAAGUCUCCGCAGUACAAUGAUGAUCCAUGCACAUGAUCCGUCCUUUUUCCUUUUCAACUACUUGGCUGCAGAGCCAGUGAGGAUACACGGACACCCGCCUCAGCCAAAGGGGAAUUAGGACCAUGUCAAUGUGCACUGCAGUCAAUAGUGUCACUUAACAGGCCCAAACAUCAACCAAUGGCAUGUGUGUUGAAGAAUGCGUCUUUCCAUCAGAGACGCUAAGGAUGCGUUAUACUGAAGCCAGUUACAACCAUCAAGAUCCCUGUUAAAGCAAACUGCCAGUUUAACUACAACGAUCGCGUCACGAUUCCCCAAACUCUCCCCUAAAGGCCUUGUUCAUGACCAUGUUAUUUAUGUAUUUAUUUAUUUAUUGACUGUCAGUAAUUUAUUUAAUUUUAUUUAUUUGAAGUUGUAAUGUGUCACUUUCAUCUUUAUUUCUGUAUUCACGUGAAUUUAUUUGCCCACAUCUCUGUAAUCUUUUCUUUUUGUCUUGUGUCUCACUGAUCCUCAUGAAAAACACAGUAGCACUUCUCGAACCUAUAGCUCUGAUAAAUGACUUUCGUUAAAACUAACUUAAUCUACUUUUGCAUUUGUGUAUUUCUGCAGCGAAUUCAUUCUUCCAGUAGAUGUAGCAUGCAUUUAGGACAGCCAACAUUUUCAACAUGACCCACAGUGCCCUUAAAGUAAACACUUUAGAAGAUGUUAAUAUUGUCUUCGAACUUUUGUUAAACAUACCACAUCUCAACAUAUCAAUUGAUGGCCUUUGAAUUAAUCAUAUUCACCUGAAAGUGUCAAGAUGGUAGCCGAAGAAAAGUGAAUGCUUUCUUUUGUACCACAGGUAGAGUUUCUAUUUUCGAUGCCUGUUUCUUGUGUUCUGCAUGAGGAGGCAUAUUAAAGUUGUGGUAAAGUUGUAUGAAUGUGCCCUGUUGCUGAGCACUGAUGGACCUGAUUAGAUUCUUUGCACAGACUUGUUAGGAUUAGCCUCUUGGAUGAGUGAGAUGGCUGAUUCUGAACUUGUACUUUGGGGUAGAAAAGGUUGUUUUUUUUUACAUUUUUUUUUUUUUAGUUAAACACCCAAAGCCUUAAAAUACUAUGUAUUGUGACACUAUGUUCUGUACAGGUGUACAUAAAUGUACAAGAAUGUAAAAUGUUGUAUACAGUGCUUUUUGUGUAUUAUAUUGUUUUCUACAAUAUAAUGUAGAUUACUCUACCGUUUUUAUCACUAUAAUUUUCGUCCAUUCCUAUUCUAGUAUUUGUUACAGUAUUGACUAUUUAUUUAAGUAACUUGGUGGAACUAUUUAUUUUGUGCUGCAGCGGAGCAAGUCUCCUAUCUUUUUGUACUUUUUAUACAGUUUUUAUUCUUAUUUACUAUUAUCAUACCAUCAUGUUUAAAUUAUUGUUGUAACAUCAAGAUGCCUCUUCCACACACUGAUUGGCCUCAAUGUGAAAUAUGUGCCUUGGUGAAAUAAAUACUAAAGAAUGUGCACCAUGGAUGUGAGUAAGUCUUUGACAGCCACUAAGAAAUGCAAGCUUUAACAGAUGGGAGGGAGGCAGACACAUGUACACUACAUU